AUGUUUCAAAAAGAUUCCGAAAAGAAUAAAAAGGGAGUGAAAAGAAACUUUAAAGUGAAAAUGCAAAUCUUUGUUAAGACACUUACUGGAAAGACUAUUACAUUAGAAGUUGAACCAAAUGAUUCUAUUGAUGCUAUUAAAGCUAAGAUUCAAGAAAAAGAAGGAAUUCCACCUGAUCAACAAAGACUUAUUUUUGCAGGCAAACAAUUAGAAGAAGGAAAGACACUUUCAGAUUAUAACAUUCAAAAAGAAUCAACACUUCAUUUAGUCUUAAGAUUAAGAGGAGGAUAUUAA